UUUCAUGAGCAAGACACAACGUUUUAGAAAAUCCUUACUACUUUAUUAUUAAUCCCUGGAGCUAAUGUUCCAAAUUCCCGAGGUCGUGCGUGCUUGGGGUUGCAUUCUUCCGUCGGCUCAGCGGUCAAGGUUUGUCUACAGAUUUUGAGCAUCCGAAGUUGACCCCUGACUACGUCUACUUUGCUGCUCCCUCAGCCUUUGAAGAAAUGUCUGUCGCGUAUGAUGAUUCCAUCGGAGUAGAAGUGUCCAGUGACAGCUUCUGGGAGGUCGGGAACUACAAGCGGACCGUGAAGCGGAUUGACGAUGGCCAUCGCCUGUGCACCGACCUCAUGAACUGUCUGCAUGAGCGGGCACGCAUCGAGAAGGCGUACGCGCAGCAGCUCACCGAGUGGGCCCGGCGCUGGAGGCAGCUCGUGGAGAAGGGGCCCCAGUACGGCACCGUGGAGAAGGCCUGGACGGCCGUCAUGUCCGAGGCGGAGAGGGUGAGCGAGCUGCACCUGGAGGUGAAGGCCUCACUGAUGAACGAGGACUUCGAGAAGAUCAAGAAUUGGCAGAAGGAAGCCUUUCACAAGCAGAUGAUGGGCGGCUUCAAGGAGACCAAGGAAGCGGAGGACGGCUUUCGGAAGGCACAGAAGCCCUGGGCCAAGAAGCUGAAAGAGGUGGAAGCGGCAAAGAAAGCCCACCAUGCAGCAUGCAAGGAGGAGAAGCUGGCUAUCUCACGAGAAGCCAACAGCAAGGCAGAUCCGUCCCUCAACCCUGAACAGCUCAAGAAAUUGCAGGACAAAGUAGAAAAGUGCAAGCAAGAUGUUCUUAAGACCAAAGAGAAGUACGAGAAGUCCCUGAAGGAGCUCGACCAGGGCACACCCCAGUACAUGGAGAACAUGGAGCAGGUGUUUGAGCAGUGCCAGCAGUUCGAGGAGAAGCGGCUGCGCUUCUUCCGGGAGGUUCUGCUGGAGGUUCAGAAGCACUUAGACCUGUCCAAUGUGGCUGGCUACAAAACCAUUUACCGUGACCUGGAACAGAGCAUCAGAGCAGCUGAUGCGGUGGAGGACCUGAGGUGGUUCCGAGCCAAUCAUGGGCCGGGCAUGGCCAUGAACUGGCCACAGUUUGAGGAUGAAGAGUGGUCUGCAGACCUGAAUCGAACCCUCAGCCGGAGAGAGAAGAAGAAGGCCACUGACGGCGUCACCCUGACGGGCAUCAACCAGACUGGCGACCAGUCUCUGCCGAAUAAGCCCAGCAGCACCCUUAAUGUCCCGAGCAACCCCGCCCAGUCUGCGCAGUCACAGUCCAGCUACAACCCCUUCGAGGACGAGGACGACACGGGCAGCACCGUCAGUGAGAAGGAGGACACUAAGGCCAAAAAUGUGAGCAGCUACGAGAAGACCCAGAGCUAUCCCACCGACUGGUCGGACGAUGAGUCCAACAACCCCUUCUCCUCCACGGACGCCAACGGGGACUCGAAUCCGUUCGACGAGGACACCACCUCGGGGACGGAAGUGCGAGUCCGGGCCCUGUAUGACUACGAGGGGCAGGAGCACGAUGAGCUGAGCUUCAAGGCGGGGGACGAGCUGACCAAGAUGGAGGACGAGGAUGAGCAGGGCUGGUGCAAGGGACGCUUGGACAACGGGCAAGUUGGCCUCUACCCGGCAAAUUAUGUGGAGGCCAUCCAGUGAUGAGCCCGGGGACAGGCCAGCGUGGGGACGGCGGCGGUGGGCCCGGGAGCCGCAGCCAGCCACGUGGGCAUCCACUCCUCUUCCUGCAAGAGAGGAUGGUUCCAUUGCUCUCGGCUUCACGGUAUCUCUGGAAGGCAGACGGGCUGGUCAUUUUGCCUGGGACUCGGCACCUUUCCGAGUGCAGCUGGAGGGAUCUGAGGGCAGGAAGACGCAGACAGCAGAAGGGCCGCCCCUCCCAGCCCGCUGUGCCUGCCGUGCCCGCUGGCCUAUCAUGGAUCUCUGUGUUCUUGACUUUGUCUCUCCUUUCCGAGUCAAUGGUGGGUUACACUGAUCUUCUUCCACUGAUUACUUUCUCUGACGACUCCCAUCACCGGCAACUUAAAUGAACAGGCUUACAUCCCGUUUUCUAAAUGAAGAUUUUAGGGUUUUUAAUUUAAAGGCUAUGUACAGUCACACUUUUUUAUAUACCUGUUCUUCUGUUCCUUUCUACCUAGAUUAUGGCACAGGUUGAUGCCCAGUGGUCCUGAGGAAACGGUCGCUCUCCGCACGCCGUUCUCAGCCUCGCCUCGUGUGGGCUCAGCCUCGAGUGCAGACGGCGUUUCAGGCUGGGGCUUGUAGCAGGAGGUGGGACUGGGUCAUGGUCUGGCUUCUACUGGGAAUGCUCUUUGUGCUUUUGGGCACGUCAGUGCAAGCUUUAGAUAGAACCUUAGCUAGUGAUCCCCAGAUUGCCAUAUUUAAAAAUUAUUUCCACUCUAUUCUUGCUUAAAACUUCACUUUUUUGCAAAUUAACUUUAUCAGUGAUUCAGAGUUAAAAAGUAAGAAGACUAACUUUUCAGGCAAAUGCAUCUGUAGAUAAAGAUUCUUUAUAUUAGACUGUCAUGUCUCGGUGUAUAUCUGUAUAUAUUAUUUGAUAUUCAGAGAAUCUAAAGCACUCAUCUACUGUUUUAAUGAGAUUUAACAGCUUUUAACAGUGAGUUUCAUUUGUCAGCUGCUUGAAGUCUGUGGCAUUCAGGUCGGCUGGUCUCCUCCCGGGCUCAGUGGGCCUGGGGCCUCUCUGCCAUGGCGCCUGCUGCAGGGAGGCUGGUCGUCAGCGGCUGACUGCAGGGCCGGCUGCUGACCGGCCUCCGCCCUCGGUGCCGUAGCAGAACACUGUAAAACGCCCGUCUGCAGCAGUUGCCGAGUGCAGUCGUUGUAUUACUUGUGCGCAAACAGAAGCUGGGUCUUACCCACAGCACAGGUCUCUCCUCCGGCUGCCCAGAGUCGCCAGGGAUCCGGUGCUGCGGCCAGAGCUGCACUGCGCCCACGCGGGGUGGGCGGGCUGGGGGAGGACGUCGCCGCCGUCCCGAGCUAUGCAUUGACUCCGUUUCCAGUGGGCACGUGUCGUGCUUGGAAAGUAGAUGCGUGUCUGUGUCUGUCAAGAGAACUUACCAGGAGAAAUCCUCAUUUCUGUGCUACAGAUUUACCAAAAAUUGUCUUUUCAGUUGAGGAGUUCCUUUAAAUGUAUAGUAUUUCAGGAACAAAAUCAAUAAACAGUUGAUCUCGUGCAUACGGAA